GUAACAUCGAACAGAGCAAAUUCUCAUGAUUCAACGUGAUACCAAUCAAAUCAAUUGCUCCUCGUGUGGUUGUUGUAUAAUAAUGCAAAAGAUUAGAUUACGGCAGGUACUUCAUUGCGAGCACCAAUUAAUUCAGCCUGCACAAAAAAAAACAGCAUGGAUCGUAGACAGUGAUAGACACUAUCAAACCAUAUGUAGAUAGAGAUAAUCGUGCAAUGUGAAGAACUUAGACCAAAUAUGAGAACCUAUUUUUUCUUCAAGAGAAGACCUUCCAUGACGUACGUUAAACGCGACCUCACAGACACAAGGAGACACACGGGAUUGAACUUCCCCAAAUAUUCCGUUCAGUAUCAGUUUGUGAAGCUACGCACCGAAUGGUACACUAUCAGACGCCUGUCCAAUAUCUAAAUGAUACAUUCCAUUUUAUGACUCGAAAAUUACAUGAUAUACAUGAAAUUUGGUGCCGAGCUGAAUCUUCUUAUCUACCAGAUGCGCAGGUUUUAAGUGUCCAUGCAGCCGCACUAGGACCGUUCAGUGUCAGUAUCGAUGGCUUACAGAAUGGUUAAGUGGAAUCCGACCGGUCGUCGAUGGUGGUUUAAUCCGUUAGUUUUAGCAGUAAUAAUUCUUACUUUUAGUGGACAGAGCUCCAGUGUGUCUGCUGUAAGUCCUCUCCCUUUGGAUAGUGACUUUGAACGAUCUCCGAAGGUGUCCGCUAUUGCACCUUCGCAGAAUGUGGACAGUACAUACUUCCUUCCGAACACGUCCAUUCCGACACACUACGCAAUAUCGUUGCGCACCGAUAUACACAACGAUGUGCGUACGUUUAGUGCGACCACGAUGAUCUACCUGACCGUGUUGGAGGAGACCGAGAGGAUUGUAAUGCACGUCCAGGAGCUUAAUAUUGAGAAGCUGUCUCUGUAUCGGGUUCCUUCUACCGGUGGAAAUCCAAUCUGGAUUGAUACACCAACGUACAACAUCGACAUCGUCAAGGAGCAUAUUAUGUUCCGCACGCUUGGGCCGUUCCGUACCGGUGAUUACAUGCUGGAGGUAACGUACAGUGGAUCGAUGCGUAACUAUCAGAGCGGCUACUUGGUGUCUCGCUAUCGUGAUGAUGCGGAUCAGUGGCGUUCGGUUGGUACGACUCACUUCCAAGCGACACUCGCACGCCGUGUGUUCCCGUGCUACGAUGAACCGGCUCUGAAAGCUACCUUUGAGCUGAAGAUCACGCAUCACCGUAACUAUAGGGCGAUCGCUAAUAUGCCCCUUGCAAAUAGCGCUAUCGAUCUCCAAAACAGAGAGUAUCUGAUCAGCACCUUCGAAAAGACACCGAUCAUGUCCACCUAUCUGUUGGCGUUUGCUGUGACGGAUUUUGUUUCGGUUGGUGAUAAUCUCCACAACGUGGUUGUGCGCAGCAAUGCUAGGGAGGAUGCAACAUACGCAGCGGCGGUUGGUGCUACAAUUUUGGAGCGACUGGGCACGUACCUGAAUGUCAUGUAUUACGAACAUAUGCCGAAGCUAACCUCGAUCGCUGUCCCGGACCGAGGCACAGGUGCUAUGGAGAACUGGGGUCUGGUGACGUACGGGGAACCGUCGCUAUUGUACAACCCGACCGUAAAUACCUAUCGCAAUCGUAAACGCGUUACAACCGUCAUUGCGCACGAGUACGCUCACCAAUGGUUCGGCGAUCUGGUCAGUCCGCGCUGGUGGGAUUACAUUUGGUUGAGCGAAGGUUUCGCCACCCUGUACGAGUACUACGCCACACGACUGUCCGACCCGGGCGAUGAGUACUGGGAGCUGUUCAAUGUCGAAGUUGUACAGCGAGCGUUUCUGCAGGAUGCAAACGAAAACAUACGCCCAAUGAACUGGAAUGGGGCCACACCGGAUGAAGUUUCCAGUCUAUUUGAUAUCAUCGCCUACCAGAAAGCGGGAAGUGUUCUGAAUAUGUUCCGCAACGUGUUAGGAGAGACUGAAUGGCGUGAAGGAUUAACCCAAUACCUCACCGAUCGUGGAUAUGAUGCGGCAACGGAAGAGAACCUAGCGCUUCAUCUUCAGCGUGCAGUCGAGGAUAAGGACAUUCUACCACCAACCGCAAACGUGCGGGAUCUGCUUGCCUCCUGGACAGAUGGACCCGGAUUUCCCGUACUCAACGUUCACCGGUUGUAUCGUGACGGUUUGAUGAUCCUUUCGCAGGAACGCUUCCUAGAGCAGAGUGUCCUUCCGGCGACCCAUGUUUGGCACAUCCCUUACAACUAUGCUUACACAUCGUCGGGUACGUUCUACGACCUCACGACCGUCGGCUGGUUGUCAUCGCGUGCGGCAAAAAUCGAAACACCCGUACCCGACAAUGAAUGGGUCGUGUUUAACAAACAGCAGACGGGUUACUACCGGGUGAACUAUGAUCGCCGCAACUGGGAACUACUGACCGAAGCAUUAAUGGCCAAUCACAACGCCAUCCACCGGCUAAAUCGUGCGCAACUUAUUGACGAUGCAUUCAAUUUGGCUCGUGCCGAUUUGCUCGAUAUGGCGGUCGUAUUGCGGCUGAUGCGCUAUCUGAGAACCGAACGCGACUAUGCACCAUGGUUUGCCGCAGACAAGGUACUGACGUAUCUGUACGACAAGUUGCGCGCCACCGAACACGAACCCUCGUUCCUGAUGUACGUGGAUGAGCUGAUUGCCGGGGUAUAUGCUACCAUGUCGGUGGACACUGUCAGCCCGGGUGAAACAACGUUGUACAAGUAUCUACGCCAGCUAAUAACCGGCUGGGCAUGCCGCAUCGGAUAUACAGACUGUCUCGAUCGGUCACGUGAAGCACUCAGAAAGGAAUUCUUCCCAGACGUGCCAGAAAACUCAGUACCGGUACAUCCUGACAUUCGAGCCGUUGUCUACUGUUACGGUUUGCAGGAAAACACUGAAGAUGUGUUCCAGUCCAUCUUUUUGCGUUUGAUGGCAUCGCGCAAUCAGGCCGAACGUACCGACCUUAUAGAUGCGCUUGGCUGUUCGCGAACUCCAGCAAGUAUCAGAACCAUCUUGGCGACCAUCGUGUUUAGUGCGGCACCGGAUACAAACUUUGUGUACCUCUCAGAAGAACGUAACCAACUAUUCCGAGCGAUCUACUCCGGUGGAAGGGCACCAACUUUAGCGUUGAUGGAUGUGCUUGAAGAUUCCGUUACCUUAUCGCAACUAAUGGCGAUCGUUGGGGAAGGCACAAUCAGAAAUGCUGUAUUGAACAUUGCCCAACGUACUAACGGUGCUGAAGAAAUGGCACGCCUCGAAAGAAUGCUAACGGCGCUGAAUGGAACGCCUCCUCUUCUAGCGCCGGAUGUACUAAGUGCUGCCAGAGAAGCGGCAACUGCACGUCCGCAAUGGUUUACUACAGCGGAAGGACUAAUUGUGGGCGAAUUUUUGGAGCGCUAUAAUGAUGUCUAGGACACACAAAAUAGGUGACCAUUCAUGACUAUCAUGUCGCGAUGCCACCACCGAACGGAGGGUGCGUUCUUUGAUUGUCAAUCACGCGAAGUCAGUAGACCUCGGGUUGAUAAGAUUGGAUCUUAAUAACAAAAUAAACAAGUAAGCCUCACAAAGUUUGGGUAGGCAAAUGAGUUUUGUCUA